UUCUGUAGUCACGUGUUUCAUCGCGAGAUUUGAGUCUUGUGAUCUCGGGUGAAGAUGGCGGCUCCGCCUGACGAGCAGAGCUUAGAGUCCCGCAUCAACAAAGCGACCAACCCUUUAAAUCGAGAAACUGAUUGGGAGAGUAUUCAACUGUUCUGUGACCAACUCAGCAAUGAACCUGAAGGUCCACAGUUGGCCACCAGACUUCUUGCUCACAAGAUUCAAUCCCCUCAGGAGUGGGAGGCCAUGCAGGCACUCAUGGUUCUAGAGACCUGUGUGAAGAACUGUGGGAAAAGGUUCCAUAAUGAGGUGGGGAAGUUCCGUUUCCUGAAUGAGCUUAUCAAAGUGGUUUCCCCUAAGUAUCUAGGUUCUCGAGCCCCAGAACCAGUGAAGAAAAAAGUUUUAGAAGUGAUGUACAGCUGGACUGUGUGUUUACCAGAGGAGACAAAGAUUUCUGAUGCUUAUCAGAUGCUUAAGAAACAAGGUAUUAUUAAACAGGACCCAGACCUUCCUGAUGACAAGCUCUGCCCUCCUCCACUGCCCAGGCCUAAAAACGCCAUCUUUGAGGAUGAGGAGAAAUCAAAGAUGUUGUCUCGUCUUCUGAAUAGCUCUCACCCUGAGGACCUGCGAGCGGCAAACAAACUCAUUAAAGAAAUGGUUCAGGAGGAUCAGAAGCGUAUGGAGAAGGUGUCGAAGAGAGUGAAUGCUAUUCAGGAAGUAAAGGAGAGUGUUGGACUUCUCACACAGUUACUGGGAGAUUACAGCAAAGAGAGUGGCUCACAUAGCACUGAGGAGCUAAUUAAGGAUCUGUACCAGCGCUGUGAGAAAAUGAGACCUACUCUGUUCAGACUGGCCAGUGAUACUGAGGACAACGAUGAAGCUCUUGACUCUUUAAGUGUUGUGAUUGCAUACAUGUGUGACCUAACAUUAUCAUGUUUGUUUGUAACUGUUUCAGGCUUGACUGAAGUCAAUUCUAAUCUGGCAACUUCUCAACCUGGAGAUGACAUGACAUGGAAUACUUUUCAGUCAUCAGAGUCUGUGGAUGCAGCUGUUAUGCCGGCCCCUGCAGUGCUGUUGCCAGAGGCGAGUGCUACCAAGACACUUGUUACUGUGCCUGUGACAUCCACUAAUUCGCUAGAUGAGUUAGACCUGUUGGGUAAGACCCUGCUGCAGCAGUCUCUACCCCCAGAAAGUCUUCAAGUCAAAUGGGACAAAUUACAGUCUCAAUCCAAGCCCACACUACGAGACCUUCAGAUCAAGUCUGGAACCAACACUGCUACAACCCCCAGCCCUGUGUUGACCUUCUCCUCUGAGCCAGGCACUCUCCUGAAUUCCCAGCUCCCAACAGGCAUCACUCCAGCUUCUGCCCCUCAGGAUGACAUAUCAUUGGUGAAUGUGACUGUGCCCCUGGAGUCUAUCAAACCUAGUAGCUUGUUACCUGUGACAAUCUUUGAUAAACACAGCCUUCGAGUUCUGUUCCAUUUUGCAAGAGACUCUCCACCAGCACGGCCUGAUGUUUUAGUGGUGAUAAUCUCCAUGUUGUCAUCUGCCCCUGUGCCCAUCACAAAUGUACGAUUCCAGGCGGCUGUUCCUAAGACUAUGAGAGUAAAGCUGCAGCCACCAUCGGGAUCAGAUUUACCUGCCUUCAAUCCUUUAUUGCCCCCUGCCGCCAUUACACAGGUCCUGCUUUUAGCCAACCCUCACAAGGAGAAUGUGCAGUUGAGAUACAAACUGACAUUUGAUUUAGGACAAGAAUCACACGAUGAGAGCGGAGAUGUAGAGCAGUUCCCUCCACCAGAGUCCUGGGGAAACCUUUAAAAGUUUCCUGCUAGUGGCCCCUCUGCUUCCUUAUAGCAGUUCAUAUCCAGACUAUGUCAAUGACUCUGCCUUUGGUCCACAUCCUUCUGUCCUCUCCUUAACGUCUGAAUGAGGCCUUUAAAUGAACUCGUUAUUUUUAAUUUCAGUUGUUCUUUCUUUUUUUCAGCUUUAUUUUGUUUUCUAGUAUGUCCGGCCCUUUUUGUAUGAAGCUUUAAAUGUUUGAAAGUUAAGAGUUUUGUGGUCAUUUAGGACAUUAUUUCCAUGUGUGAAUUGAGAUAAUGGGAGUCUGUCAGCUGUAAUGGCAUAUAGCAGGUUAAUUUUCUGCACUAAUUGUUUCAUUUUCAUUGUUGAUUAAUAGGUUUUGUUCACUUGCUCACAUUCUUGAUCUUUUUGUGUGUUUGAUUGUAUUGUCAGGCUGCAUGUGGUUUUAAUGGCAACUAAAAAAUAAAUUUCUUUUCAAGAAAUACUUUAAAUUCAAAUGCUCUAUAUAUUACAAAUCACAUAGCCCCUUGUCAUUCAAUGUAUUUUUUCAUCUUAAUUUACGAUUGCCCUAAAAUAGCCCCAUGUCCACUGUACUGCUCUUGAACUUCAUGCUGAUGUCUUGUUUAUAUUUACCGUACGUGCCUAAUCAGAUUUGUUUUUUCAUGCUUAUGUGAAUAUAGACAUUUUGUGUUGAUGCUUUUUUUUAUUUGGCUGUGUAACAGAAGCGUUUGCCCUUUUUGGUUGAGAUUGUUGUUUUUGUAAAUCCCUGAUGGUUCCACAUCUAAUCUGGGCUCUCAAUGCAGUAGUUUAAUGAAUAAUUUCACCCUUACCAUUCCCAUAAGAGAUCAUUUAAGAAUUGUGUACUCAAGAUGAUAACACGGGUAAUUUAAAUAACGGUACUUCGGUUAUAUUUAAGUGGAAUCAGAAUGCUGCUGCAUAGGAAUUCUUUGUAGACAGGAAUUGAAAUCACUGUUCCCCCAAAUUAAACAAUUCUAGUUUGUCACUUCUUACAUUUAAAGGUCUGUGAUGAAGUCCGUUCCAUUCCAGAUCAUUAAUGUCUAUCCAACCUGAUGAAGUGUAAAUAAGAUUGGUAUUGCUAUUAUGUACAUUUGCCAAAAACCAGUACAGAGAAGUGAAUGUAGUGCAAAUAUGUAUUUAAGGGAAAUAAAGUUAUUCUUUUUCUCUGGGGUUUAAAAUGUUUUUUUUGUUUGUUUUUUUAAAUGAGGACCCAUAAAUCCCAUGAUAGGCUGUAGUGGAGGAGGGAACUGCUGUGCCAUGAGUGGGUGCAGACCUGGCACAGGCUGAGGAGUUGGUGUUUUUUUGUUGUUUUUUGGAUGAGGUAAUAGUCAAGCAUCAAUGACAGCAAUCUGAAUUUAUCUCUUUUAUUAAAAUCUGUAAAACAAAGUGAUUAUACAAAAAGAACUUAUAUUUAUUUCCAGGUCCCUUUCAAUCAGAGAGGUGGUCUUGUGAACAAAUAUGAUUCCACAGUCUAUUCAGGAUCCCAAAUAGUAGCUGUCUGUAAUUCCUGAUAUGCAUACAUAGUAAUGCAUACAAUGGUAUAAUUAAACGUUUGCAUUGGGUAAAGGUUAUGGUAUACUGUAGCAUACUAAGUGCCUAAUGGUAUGCUAAGGUAAGAUGCAGAGACGUUAGCUUUCAAACUGGAAAUUACCUACAAAAAAAAUAAAAUCUCCAUCUAUGAAUUAUUCUGCAAGUCUGAGAACUGAUGACACUGGAGGGUGCAAAUCGAUUAAAAUAUCAAUAAGUACUGACAAACUGUAAUCAAAAGAUGAACUCUUUUACCUGGGAAGAUGCACAAAAAAGUCUAGAUAUUUAACGAUUGUUCCUAACUGGUUUUGCUAUAGGGACCAGAUUUGAGAACCACAGAACUAUAAAGCAUUGUAUUGGAUCAGAAGCCCUUCACUCAAGACCCUGGACCACUUGCUUGAUUAAAUGCAAAGCCAUCCUUUUCUACCACAACA